GGGGCGGGGCCACGCAUGCGCAGAGAGGAGCGGAGGUGCUGGGGCGGAGGGCUGGUCCGAGUGACUGGAAGCAAGAUGCAGGACCCCAACGCAGACACCGAGUGGAAUGACAUCCUACGGAAAAAGGGCAUCCUUCCCCCUAAGGAGAGCCUGAAGGAGCUGGAGGAGGAGGCAGUGGAGAGGGAGGAGCAGCUCCUCCAGCAGGCAGUGGUGAAAACAUACGAGGACAUGACUCUGGAAGAGCUGGAAGAGAACGAGGAUGAGUUCAGCGAGGAGGACGAACGGGCCAUCGAGAUGUACAGGCAGCAAAGGCUGGCUGAGUGGAAAGCAGCUCAGCUGAAGAACAGAUUUGGAGAAGUUUUAGAGAUCUCAGGAAAGGACUACGUUCAGGAAGUUACGAAAGCCGGCGAGGGCCUCUGGGUGGUCCUACACCUGUACAAACAAGGGAUUCCCCUCUGUUCCUUGAUAAACCAUCACUUGAGUGAACUCGCCAGGAAGUUUCCCGAUGUGAAAUUUAUCAAAGCCAUUUCAACGACCUGCAUACCCAAUUACCCCGACAGGAAUCUCCCCACGGUGUUUGUCUACCGGGAAGGGGAUAUCAAGGCACAGUUCAUUGGUCCUCUGGUGUUCGGUGGCAUGAACCUGACUGUAGAUGAGUUGGAGUGGAAACUGUCUGAGUCGGGAGCAAUCAAGACAGACCUGGAGGAGAACCCCAAGAAACCCAUCCAAGACCUGCUGCUGUCCUCAGUGCGGGGCCCUGUCCCCAUGAGGAGGGACAGCGAUUCUGAGGGUGACUAAGGCAGCAGUAACGUAGUAACCUUUUGAACUUUCUUGAUAUGAUGCAUUGUCUGGAUUUUUAAUAUGGGAAAAGCAAAAAUUUAUCAUUUUGGUUUUUAACCUUUUUAUAAGUAUUUAAAUUUUAUACAUUUCAGAUAUAAUCAUUGCUGAAAAAUUUUUAAAAAUUUUGUUGGAACUCUUUAAAUUAAUAAUGUUUCAGAGAAAUUUAAGCAAGUUAUUAUGUCAUAUAUCUGUUUUCCUAUGUGUAUUUCAGCAAACCAUGAAACUGUUUAGUAUUUUUUUGACAUGCAACUAUAUAGAAAUGAAUGUGGAGUUUAAAAGUAUAGUGCGAAUAAAUUAAGUUAAAAACUAUUUAAAAAAUAACUGCAAAAAAUGAGAAGUCAGCUUUCUAGUUAGACUGUUCGUUUUCAUUUUAUAAAGCUAGCAAACGAAGUGUCAACUGAAGGAAAUGGCUGAUAACCCUGAGAGAACACCGAUGUAUCAGAUGAGCCGACAGAUUUCAGCUUAUUGCCAUGUUUGCUUUCAGUUCCGUCUUCAGUUGAACUAAUGUGUAUCUCGGGCUCUUAAGACCCCAGCUAUUCCUUCUGGUGGCACAUGCCUUUAACCCCAGCACUGGGAGACGGGCAGGCAGGUCAUGUGAGUUCAAGGCCAGUCUGGCUUGCAUAGUUAGCAGCUAGUCAGGGCUACAUCACCAAGACCCUGUCUCAAAGCCAACCAGUGAUUCUCGGCUGUAAGAUCCUGUUAGGUUUGGUUUUGGGGAAUAAGGUUUAAGCCGACACAUAAGUUCUAUCUCAGUUGAUUUAUAAAAAUGUUUCAGGAUAUUUUUCUGAGCCAGAAUCCCGUAAAUAGACAAUGGAAGCAGAAAAUGUCUAUAAUAUUUUUGUUGAAUGCUGUAAUUGGAAUCUUAGAGAUAAGAGUCUAAAAAUACAGGGUUUGUUCAGAUUA